AAAUGAACAAAGAGAUUUCAUCAGGUGAACACGGUCGCUUUGGAGACUGCAUUUGACGAGCAGGGAAGCUUAUUUACUGUCUGCCCGACGUAGAAGACGGCAUUCGAGUGCUGCUCUUUAGUAGAGUUGGUUAAGGUUUUCUACAGUAGAAACUUUCGGCACAGAACUCGUUUAUCAAGUGGGAAAUAUUUAUUGGUUCAAUUGAAAAAUAGUUUCAAUUGAAAACCUACGGCAGAAAAGUUAGAGAUGUUAUCUCAGAUACACUUGUAAAUGCGGUCUGUUAGUGAAUGAAGUUUUUAAAUACUCUGAGUUUACAAAGGCUAAAAGCAAGAGUUGUAGUAAAACGUUUAAAAAGCAAUGAAUCUAAACUAUGUUAUUUUAAAAUUCGUUAUUAUCUCACAAGGUGCAUUUCGGUUAACAAUGUUUUACCUUGCGAUUAUAAAUCUGACUUUUAUGAGCACGUUGUCUCGACAAAUCCCUAACGUGGUUUAUAUAAAAACCGUUAUUCCCAAUUUGCCAGUAAAAAUACUAAACUUAUGAUACGUGAUCAUCCUUUACCUCUUACCUUAACUUGAUAUCCAGUUAAUCAAAGUUAAUUCACCUAUAAUAACUUAUAGACAUUAUUCAGAUGAUUUACAUUUUUCAAUAUCGUAGAUUAAUUCUGUUCCCAAGCGUACAGUUCGUUCAGAAUAUUACACAGUCUAUACCUAAAAUAAUACAGAAAUUGUUUUAAUUUAUUUACGGUAAAUAUUUUCAGCAAUUAAUAGUAUCGAGCGCAUAUCCUAAAUCUAGUUAUAAGCAUGUCGGGGUUUAGAAAAAUAUGUAAUAGCUUUCUUACGGUCUAAUCUUUUUAUUACAGUUCGUUAUAGUUCGUGCGUCGCUACAAAAUUUUUGCAAAAAAUAUUUAUUAGCUUUCUCACAGUGUAAUCCUUCUUUCAGUUCGUCAUAGUUCAUGCGUGGCUACAAAACCCUUAUACUCGAUGUCGUCACAAGCCAUCUGGUGGAUGCUAGCCGUCAUGGCGGGGGCUCUCAUAUCAUGUGUCUCUCCUGCCGCUCUAUCCGUCCAAAACUUCGAACGCCAUUUCAUGCGCAAGCAGUGACAUUUUUGAAAAAUCGAGAAAUUAAAAAAAUUAUUGAUUUUCUGAUCCAAAUUUUACUGAUAGAACAAAAGUGACCUUAUAUAUUUCUCAAUUGCCGUGCACAGGAGAAAUGGACUUAGAUUUAGACGUAGAGAGCGAACAUGCUCAGUUCAACAGCACGUGCAAGUGCGGCAAAAAAGUUGACGCGCAUCGUCGGCGGCAAUAACACACUUGUCAACGAGUUCCCUUGGCAAGCUGCGCUCUACAUCGCCGCUACCAAAAAGUUUAUGUGCGGUGGUUCGCUCAUCACCAACCAGCACAUACUCACGGCUGCUCACUGCUUCGAGGCGCUGACGGCCGCGAACAUGGUGGUACAUUUUAGAGCGCACAAUAUCUCUGAUCCGUCGGAAACAAGUGUUGUGGAAAGGUUCGUGAAGGCAGUUUACAUUCACAAGUCAUACGACAAUACCACCAAAAAUAACGACAUCGCCAUCAUACAUCUCAACCAAACAGUGGACAUCAGCGCGAAUCUGUUGCCCGUGUGCUUGCCGUCUUCAGCAAAAUCGAAAUACGCGAACGUCUCAGCGGUCGUCACAGGCUGUGGCGCAUCGACGUUUCACGGACCUACCAUCAGCACCUUGCAGAAAGUCCAAGUUCCGGUGUUGUCCCGGAAGGAUUGCAUGAAUAAAACCGGUUACUCGGCUGCUCAGAUUCAGAUCACGCGCAAGAUGUUGUGUGCUGGAGCCGCUGGGCUCGACUCUUGCCAGGGCAACUCUGGCGGUCCUCUAGUCUACUUGGAUAACACACAAAGUUAUAGCCAGCGCAUUGGUCGGCAGCUGACAGACGCUUGCCUCAACAUCGGCUUCGUGUACAUCACCGGCCACGGGAUACCAGAAAGUCUGAUCGAGAAAGCGUUCAGCAGCACCGGCAAGUUCUUUGAACUGCCCCUGGCAGUGAAGGAAAAGUACGACCGACUGGACGGUCAAGGCUGGGAGGCGACUUCAAGAAACACGAGUUGCGCGAGAGUUUCGAUGUAGAAUUUUGCUUUACUCGCUACCCUGACGAAGAGAUCCCCGACUU